GAGGGUAAACACACCAGGCUGAGCCAUCUGAACAGAAACAGGAACAAGAGCGUGAGACAUGAAAACGUGAAACUGAUCCUUCGUAGUAAUUGCACAGAACACCGAGCCUGCAAUGAAGAGCAGAGGAGAUAUGCAUUUUUGAAGAACGUGCCUGAAGAAACAUGCAAAAUUCCACGGCCAGGAGAUAUGGCAUACAAUCCUGUUCCUCUUUUCUUUCUUGUUAUGGCUCAGAACUGAAAACAAGAAUACCUCAUGCUUCAUAUACCAGAGACUUACACACAUGUUGGUCACUUUAUUUCAUUCUAAAGAGGAUUUAGUUGACUGAGGCGUCCUAUUCUGAAGGAUUUACCAAAACAAGCAGAGAUCUGGAUUGUCCUCGUGUCUGAGGGCAGCCUCCCAUCACUGGACCAGACUGCUCAGUGGAGGCUGCUUUUGUUUUGUUACUGACUAAAUGUGCCCACCCUUCUGACGGGGGCUCCUUCAUUUGGUUAUGGUCUUGUCUCAGUCUAUCAUAUACCACACCUUGGGAAGAAACAGCAUGGAUGGUUAGGAGAACAGCUCAAGCAUGGGAGCUAAACCGAUGAAAUGUCUCAGCUCAUCCAGCCCUACACACACCCCUAAAGAGGAGUACAUCACUGGCCAGUCUGAAGAAGUGGGUGAGAUUUUAGGAAACCACACAGAGCAACCACAAAGUCUGAAUGCAGAUGCAGUGAAGCUGUCAUCCAAUGAGCCAACUCCAGGACCAGAGAACACUGGAACAGGAGAUGGGAGCUCCUGGGAGGAGCAGCUUUAUAUCCAGCAGGAGCAGCUGGAGAAGGAGAUGCAGGAGACUAGGAAGAUGGUGACAAGGCUACAAGCUUUGCUGCUUCACGGGUCACUUCCUGAAGAUGAGCAAACAAUUUCUCUGUUUGGAGACAGUGCAAUCAAUGCCGAGCAGCAGCUGAUAUUAAUACGCACUCGCCUCGAUCAGAGCAUGGAAGAGUCCCUGGAUCUGAAGAGGGAAUUGCUGAGGUACAAGCAGGAAGCACGUAAUCUUCAGGCAGUUAAGGAUGCCUUGCAAUACCGUAUGUCAAUACAGGAAGACUCAGUACUACAGCUUAAACAGGAACUACUCCGAUCCAGCAUGGACAAGGAGGACCUAGAAGGGCAGAAUAUGGAACUGCAAAGGAAGCUGAGUGAUAGAGACAGAUUGCUGAGUGAAUACAAAAAAGAACUUGCACAGAAAGACAGACAACUUCAGCAGCAUCAGCCUAAACUGGAAGAGUCGGCGUGUACACUGAAUGAGACUAACCACCACAGGAUGUCUAGUUGUGAGAACAACGGCUACAGCCAUAUGAUGGAAUCAUUGCCUUCAUCAUUUCAGCAUGGAGUAGGUGAUGAGCUGCAGCUGGUGCGGGAUGCUCUGCGCAGUCUGAGGAACAGUUUCAGUGGUCAUGAUCCUCAACAUCAUACACUGGACUCUCUGGAGCAGGGGGUGUCCAGUCUGAUAGACCGUGUCUAUUCCACUGACUCUAAGAGGAGGCAGGACAGGAAGGGUUUGAACAAAUCACCAGGAAGAAGAGCCAAUCAUACUGAUCGAGAGUCGUGGCCUCCUAGUUCAAAAAUACCCCACUCUCUCAGUAGUCCUGUGCUCAGCACCUCAACCUCAACCAAAGUACUUUACUUCACAGAUCGCUCUCUUACACCCUUCCUAGUAAACAUCCCUAAAAGACUAGGGGAGGUCACACUUCAGGAUUUUAAAGCUGCUGUUGGAAGAUACAGCAAUUUCAGAUAUCACUUCAAGUCUCUGGACCCUGAAUUUGGAACAGUGAAAGAGGAGGUGUUCCAGGACGACGCUAUAAUACCUGGAUGGGAAGGGAAAAUUGUUGCAUGGGUGGAAGAAGAUCAUAGCGAAAGCAGGUAACUGAAGACAGAAGACCUGUGAACUAUAACCUGACCAAUGUGUUCAUUUUAUACA